AUGAGUGGUGAAAAUCAAGUCCAUUCAAUGCAGACAGAUAGCGAAUGUGAAUCGGAUGUUUCAUCCAUAGCUGAUUCAUCAACAUUGAAUCGAGAACAUUUAAUUAAACGAAUCGAUUCAUUACAACAAGAAAAUCGUGUUCUCAAAGUUGAACUUGAAACGUUUAAAUUACGCUUAAAAGCUUCGCAACAAGAAAUCAAACAAUUGAAACAUGCGAGUGUUCAUAUGCAAGCGAAAGCUGAACAAGAAGAAGAAUUCAUUUCGAACACUUUGUUAAAGAAAAUUCAAGAAUUGAAAAAAGAAAAAGAAACUUUAGCGAAUAAUUAUGAACGAGAAGAAGAAUUUUUAACAAAUGAUUUAUCAAGAAAAUUACAACAAUUAAGAGAAGAAAAACAAUCGUUAGAACAUUCGUUGGAACAAGAACAAGCUUCGCAAAUUAACAAAUUAAUGAAAAGAAUCAAACGUUUAGAAGCAGAAACAAUUAAUAAACAAAAUAUUCUCGAACAAUUGAAACGAGAAAAAAUUGAAUUAGAAAACACAUUGGAAAAAGAACAAGAAUCUUUAGUUAAUCGUUUAUGGAAACGAAUGGAAAAAUUAGAAACAGAUAAACGAUUACUUCAACAAAAACUCGAACAACCUGAUCAGAGUCAUUCGGAAUGUCAUCCAUCGUCAUCUAUUGAUUCAUCAUCAAAUGUAAAUAAUAGUUCAACAAUAAUCUCAACCGAUGAAAUUACUUCAAAUCGUGCAAAUCCUCAAUUAGCCACUCGUCUUUCAUUACCAAAUGUUGAUCAUAUUCAACAAUUAAAACGUGAAGUAGAAAAAUUGAAAAGAGAAUUGAAUUCAACACAAGAAUCACACCGAGAAAAAAUGGAACAACUUGUUCGAGAAGAACAAGACAUUAGAAAUGAAAAUUUACGUUUACAAAGAAAAUUACAACUUGAAGUUGAUCGUCGUGAACAACUCUGUCGUCAAUUAAGCGAAAGUGAAUCAUCACUUGAAAUGGAUGAAGAACGUGCGUUAAAUGAACGAAUGAAAGCUUUUCCGAAACAACAAAGAACAAGUUCGUCACAACAACAUUUAUCACGUUCAAGAACUGUUUCAAGUCCUUCAUCAAAUCAAAAUGUAGCCAGUGAACAUAGUUCAUCAACAACAAAUGAUUUUCAAAGACCACGACCGCCAUCAACUAGUGCUGAUAUUAACAAUCUAAUGGAAUAA